AAUUGCCUUUGUGGGACUACUUAGUAUUAAAUCCCACACAGUGAGAAUCUUUGGCCUUUAAGCAACCUUUGCUCCAAGCAAUUCUGAAAACUCUUCCUUCCUUUUCCCAAUUCUUCCCUUCAGAACUUAAAAAUUCCAUUUCCUCUCUUGUUCUCCCUUAACAAUUGUAUCUCUCUUGAGCUCAAAAAAAGAGGGAAAAAAAAAAAAACAUGCCACAGAGAAUGGCAGUGACACAUGCAGAUCUCGAACCAAGCCGAAGUAAAACAGAUUUGAGUAGCAAAACAGGUGCAUUCCUUAUGGUUCUUACUAUCUUAAUAGGCCUCUUAUGCUUCAUCUUAUGUCUCAUAGCAGAAGCCACACGUUCUGAGGUGACAUGGAUGGACACAGGUGGAAAAGACAAAGGAAUAAAAUCAGAAUGUGUUUACAGUGGGAGUGGAAAAGUGCCAUUGCUAUGUGCUGCUUCUGCUUUUGUUGGACUAGCAUUUGCCAUGAUCAUGGAACAUACUUACAUGCUGAUAGCAGUGAGUAAAUCAUCACCUUCUUUGCUUAGCUGGGAUCCUGAUUCUCCUUCUGCCAAGUCCUUAACAUGGCAGGCAGGGUUUUUCUUCAUUGCAACUUGGAUAUGUUUUGCAGUUGCGGAGAUUUUGUUACUGGCAGCACUUAGUGUAGAAUCAGGCCAUCUGAAGAAUUGGUCAAAGCCUAGAACAGGUUGCUAUAGCAUCAGAGAAGGGUUGUUUUCUGCUGCUGGGGUGUUUGCUUUAACCACAGUUUUUCUUGCUGCUGGUUUAUACCUAACAGCACUACGAGCUCAAAGAGUGUCAGAGCAAUUAGCAAAUGUUAGAAGAGAGGUUCUUGAAGCCUCUGCCUUGUAUGCUUCUCCACCAAGAUCACCUCAACCACAACAUAUCUCAACUGUUGCAAGGGAGAACCCCUCAACCAGAGAGAGUCAAAAUGAGCUUCUAUUAUCUGUAUUUCCAACUCCAUUCAUCAAAAGCUAUAACCUUGUAUAAAUCAAGAAAAACUUUAUUUUGCGUCUUUGCUUAAAAGCCAUUGGGAAAGUGGAGUGAGGAGAAACGUUUUUAUAGUUUUACACCACUAAAGGGUUGAAAUUUAUUUGAUUGUGUAUAUAACUAAUCAAUAUGUGUCACCAAAGAAAAUGAAAAAGCUUAUCCAUAUGAU